UCCAAACAACGCCGCUCCAUCGAUCCCCUCGACGCGCGCAAACUCCACGCACCGCCACCGCCCGUGCGGCGCGCACACGUCACUCUACCUAGCUUACACCUACCCACAUCAACCUUACACACAGCUCGAUCCACACUGACACACAGAGCGCGCCGCGCGCGACAGCAAGGCGAGAGCAUGGCCGAGCACCACCUCCCGCCGGAGCCAGCCGACGAGCCCCACCACCACAACCAUGGCGGGAAGGCGGCCGUCCACGCCGACGACCUCAAGCCCGGAGGCCGCCGCCGCCGGUACGGAUACUACUAUGGCGACGGGUACGGCUCUGCCGACCCCGCCCGCACGCUCUGCUUCGUCGUCCUCGUCGUCAUCCUCCUCGCCGGCAUCACCGCGCUCGUGCUCUACCUCGUCUACCGCCCCUCCCGCCCGGCCUUCGCCGUCACCUCCGUCGCCGUCUACUCCCUCAGCCUCAACGGCACCGGCACCGGCACCGGCGCCGUCGCCGGCGGGCCGGCCACGCUGGCCGCGUCGUUCCAGCUCACCCUCGUCAUCCGCAACCCGAACGAGCGGUCGGCGGCGCGGUACGACCGGCUGGCGGCGUACGUGGCGUACCGCGGGGAGCCCAUCACGGCGCCCGCCCCGAUGCCGCCGCUGGUGCAGGACGCGGACAGCGCGGUGGCGGUGGCGCCCGUGCUCGGCGCCGGCGCCGCGGCGCCGCCCGUCCCGGUGUCCCCCGACACCGCGGCGGCGCUCGCCACGGACGUGUCGUACGGCGUGGUGGCGCUCAGGGUGGUGGUGCUCGGCCGCGUCCGGUUCGUGUCCGGCCCGUUCCGGAGCGGGUGGCACUCCAUGUACGCCCGCUGCGACCUCCUCGUCGGCGUCCGCAAGAGCGGCGGCGGCGGCGCGGGUGGCGGUCCGGAGGCGCCGCUGCUCGGCAACCCUACCUGCGCCGUCGACAUGUGAUGCCAGGCAGCUGGAUAGCUUCGUCACACCUCGCCUGUGUACGCGUAGAAAAUUUACCUAUACAGCUAGACGACGACGUACGUGUAUCUGUGGGUGACCACGUGUCCGUAUGUAUACGUAUAUUGGCAAGCAUACGUGUCUCCGCUUCUGGAUACCUUUGCAAAAUAUACGUGUAAAAUAUCGAAAAAUAAUGAUACCAUAUCACAUAUGCUAAUGUUCGACAGAAUUUUCA